UGACUUUCCUUUAGAUAUCAUAUAUCCCCCCAACGUUCUUCUUUCAUAAAUAAAUACUGUACAUCAAAACCCCCAAAUCGAAUCAAAUCGAAAUCAAUCAACAUAAUAAUAAUAAUAAUAAUAUCUUCUAGGGUUUCAUCCUAAAAUCAAAAAAAUCUCCCGAUAUUAUGUAUAGCAAUUUCAAAGAACAAGCAAUCGAGUACGUAAAACAAGCCGUACAACAAGACAAUGCCGGAAAUUACGCCAAAGCUUUCCCUUUAUACAUGAACGCCCUUGAGUAUUUCAAAACCCACUUAAAAUACGAAAAAAACCCUAAAAUCCGUGAAGCUAUUACUCAGAAAUUCACCGAGUAUCUACGCCGUGCUGAGGAAAUCAGGGCGGUCAUCGAUGACGGCGGUGCUGGUCCUGCGGCUAACGGCGGCGACGCUGCUGCUGCGGUUGCUACCAAGCCCAAGACUAAGCCGAAAGACGGCGAAGGAGACGGGGAAGAUCCAGAGCAGUCAAAACUUAGGGCUGGAUUGAAUUCGGCUAUUGUGAGGGAGAAACCUAAUGUUAAAUGGAAUGAUGUUGCUGGUCUUGAAAGUGCUAAACAGGCCUUACAGGAGGCCGUUAUUUUGCCCGUUAAGUUUCCGCAGUUUUUUACCGGUAAAAGGCGGCCAUGGAGGGCCUUUCUUUUGUAUGGUCCCCCUGGGACAGGAAAAUCAUACCUAGCAAAGGCUGUUGCAACUGAAGCAGACUCUACAUUUUACAGUGUCUCUUCAUCAGAUUUAGUUUCAAAGUGGAUGGGGGAAAGCGAAAAGUUGGUUUCAAAUCUUUUCCAAAUGGCUCGUGAAAGUGCACCUUCGAUCAUCUUCAUUGAUGAGAUUGACUCUCUAAGUGGCCAACGUGGAGAAGGCAAUGAGAGUGAAGCCUCAAGACGUAUAAAAACUGAAAUUCUUGUUCAAAUGCAGGGUGUAGGAACAAAUGACGAUAAAGUUCUUGUACUCGCAGCCACAAAUACACCAUACUCUCUGGAUCAGGCUAUCCGAAGGCGAUUUGAUAAGCGUAUAUAUAUUCCACUACCAGAUUUGAAGGCUCGCCAACAUAUGUUUAAAGUGCAUUUAGGAGAUACUCCUAAUAAUUUGAAUGAAGGCGAUUUUGAAAGUUUGGCACGUAAAACUGAAGGAUUUUCUGGUUCAGAUAUUGCUGUUUGUGUUAAGGAUGUUUUAUUUGAACCGGUGCGUAAAACUCAAGAUGCCAUGUUCUUCAUUAAGACUCAAGAGGGGUUGUGGGUACCCUGUGGACCUAAACAGCCUGGUGCGGUUCAGAUCACAAUGCAGGAGCUUGCAGCUCAAGGCCUGGGCGAAAAGAUUUGCCCACCACCAAUUACACGAACAGAUUUUGACAAGGUUUUGGCGAGGCAGAGGCCGACAGUUAGUAAAAGCGACCUUGAGGUCCAUGAGAGGUUCACAAAAGAGUUUGGAGAAGAAGGUUAAGAAGCAGAGAUAUAGGCUGGUUCAUGUCAAGAACUCAAAUGUACCUUAUCUCUGUUUGGUGUUGGACUAAUAUGUGUGAAAACUUUUUCGAGGCAGAAGUUGACAAGGGCAUCGAGGUGAUUUACCUUCUAAUAUUUCUCAUCUUAAUCAUGUAAAAAGAUAUAUUUUUCUUCUAAAUUGCAGAAGACCUUCAUGGCUUGAACAUAAACAUUAGGAUGCUGUCUUUUGCUACCAGAACCGGAUAUUGUGAAAUGUAUCGCUUCUAAUUUUUUUGCUUUUUUUCUUA